AUGAAACAAACCUUUUUGAAUGAUUCAAUAAAUUUAAAGAAAUUUGAUGUUGUGAAUGAAAAGGAUUAUCCAAACGAUAAAGAAUUAAUAGAAGAUAUUGAUGUUAUAAUGAUUACAGGCUCUU